AUGCACAUAGGAAUCUGGCUGGGGUUUGGUGUUCCAUCCUCAAUGGCUAGAAUCCCAACUUCUGUAGUACUAGCCAUUUGCCUGAUUUGCCUCUUCUCAAGCGUCUGCAGUCAGACCCCGAGGAACAUCAAGGAGAGCACGAUUCCAUUGAAGGUUCUACACCAGGAGCAGGUUUACAGUCUUGUCCAAUCGAGCUUGUUCCAGGAUGUCAGAGCCUCCUCCAACCAGUCGAAUGACACCCCUGGGAAUGCCCAGUCAGAGCUACCUCUGCCCACUAUGUGCAUAAAGCCUGCUGAAAUCAGACACAUCUUCAAGUACAUCAAUACCAUCGUGUCCUGCACCAUCUUCAUGGUGGGCAUCAUCGGCAACUCCACCCUGCUGAGGAUCAUUUACAAGAACAAAUGCAUGAGGAAUGGGCCCAAUGUCCUCAUUGCUAGCUUGGCUCUUGGGGACCUUCUCUACAUCCUCAUAGCUCUUCCCAUCAAUGUGUACAAGCUAUUGGCAGAAGACUGGCCAUUCGGCGUCCAGGUGUGCAAGCUGGUUCCAUUCAUUCAGAAGGCAUCUGUGGGCAUCACCGUCCUCAGCCUCUGUGCACUCAGCAUAGACAGGUACAGGGCGGUGGCCUCCUGGAGCCGGAUCCAGGGCAUAGGGAUCCCCAUGUGGAAGGCAGUCGAGGUGAUGCUGAUCUGGGCUGUGGCUAUCAUCCUGGCCGUCCCUGAAGCCAUUGCCUUCGACAUGGUGGAGCUGAACUAUCGUGAGCAGAUGCUCUGGGUCUGCAUGCUGUCCUCCGAACAGAACUCCAGAUUCACCCUGUUCUACAGGGAUGUGAAGGACUGGUGGCUUUUUGGCUUCUAUUUCUGCCUGCCUCUGGCAUGCACCGGUGUCUUCUAUACCCUCAUGUCCUGCGAGAUGCUGAGCAAGAGGAACGGCAUGAGAAUUGCCUUCAAUGACCACAUGAAGCGGCGCCGGGAGGUUGCCAAGACAGUGUUCUGCCUGGUGGUGAUCUUCGCUCUCUGCUGGCUGCCUCUCCACCUGAGUAGGAUCCUGAAGAAGACCAUCUAUGACCAGACUGACCCCAACAGAUGUGAAUUGCUGAGUUUCCUCCUGGUGAUGGACUACUUUGGUAUCAACAUGGCCUCCCUGAAUUCCUGCAUCAAUCCCAUAGCUCUCUACUUCGUCAGCCGGAAAUUCAAGAACUGCUUUCAGUCCUGUCUGUGCUGCUGGUGCCAGAGACCAGCCUUGAGCAGCGCACCAACGGAUGAUAAGGGGUCUGUUGGGAAGUGGAAAGCCAAUGGGCAGGAAUUGGGGCUGGACCGAAGCAGCUCCCACCUGAGUAAUAAGUACAGCUCUUCCUAA